AUGAAAUCUUCAUUAUGCGGUUUGACGUUUGUUCUUGAUAUUAGUAGCGAGUUACGUUAUAAAGAGAAAAAUCAACUCAUUAAUUAUAUCCGAAAUCAUGGCGGUAAUGUUUCCUAUGCGUUAACAGCAAGUACAGAUUAUGUGUUAGUAAAAAGUAAUGUUGCCAGUUACAAGACUCGUCGUGCAAAACAUUUAGGAAUACCAUUGAUAAGUCUUGACUACAUUUACGAAUGUCAAAAGAAUUCGGACAAAAUAAUUGAUCCAAAUCGUUAUUUAAUUACAUCGGCUGAAGAUAAGGAAAGUUUUAAAAACGGCAAAAUACCAGUUGACGAUCAUGCUACAAGAUCAAUCAAUGUUUCCAAAUCAAAAAUUGAUAUUAGCAAAGUAAAAGUAUGGAAUUAUGAUGAUAUUAAUUUACCACAAUUUGAUGAAUCUAAUUCAGAAGUUGCAAAAUGGGCUAUAUUUAAAGAAACUAACGUGAAUUCAUCUGUUUAUUUUGUUUUGGAAAUUCAAGUUAUUCCAGAUAGAUAUUAUGAACCACUGACAAGCGAUUAUCGAUUGCGAUUUCGCUAUGAAAAACAAUCAGCCAGUGCCGAUCAGGGACGUGAUCCAGGGAAUUCGAAUCAAACAACCAGCACUCUCGUACAAUAUAUGUUUACUGAUGAUGUUAGCGAACAACAACAACUAUUUUCUACAUAUUUUAAUAGAAUUUCUACCAUGCCUCGAAUUACACGAAUAAAAGAUGUACUGCCCAGUAAUAUCGGCUCUAAAGCACUUUUACGCUUAUUAUGGAAUCAUAAGAUGGAUACACAAUCAAUCGACGAUAACAUAUGUCAAUUAAUUGAAUCAAUAUGGUUAGAUUCGAUGGGAGAUUUACAGGAGAUACUCAGUGUUACACCAGAAUCGAUUUCACUUAAAAAUAUCAUUGAGGCUGAAUCACUCUUGUUGGAACAAAAACGUUUAUUGGAUGAUAAUCAAACAUUAUCAUCUGACAUCAGUGGGCGAUUUUAUAUAUUAAUACCGCAUAAUUCGCUUUUUCAAAUGAAUUUAAAUGAUCGAAAAAUAUUGCGAGAAAAAAUGGACCUUUGUCAGGUAUUACGCGAUAUGUUAACAGUAAAUGAAAUAACAUGUUGGAAUAUGAAACCGUCAACUGAAGCUAAAUAUCGAUCAUUAAAAUGUUAUAUCAAUACAGUAAACAUCAAUUCUUUUGAAUAUAGAAAAAUUAGUGAACUAAUUCAUUCAUCAACAGAUUCGUAUGUAUCAAAUAAUAAAGGAGGAUUCCACUUGAGGUCAGUAAUCAGCCCACUUCAACUUUUGCCUGAAAACAGUUUUCCGAGUAAUAUGUAUUUUUAUUCGAUUUUAAGUAAUUUUGUCUACUUUGGAAACUAAAAUCCAGGUAAUUUCACGUAAACAGGCAGUUUAUAGCUCAUCCCUCAAAGACCAGCUAUAGGUUAUGUAAAAAGUGUUUCUCUCAGGUUUAUUUCACGUUGAUGGCAAAGCAAAUGUAUCAUUGGAUAGCCCAUAAAAGUCUCUACCGAAUGUGAGUAAAAUAACAGGUAACAAAACUGCUUAGAAUGAUCCUACAUAUACAGUAUAGGGGUUACAUAACUUUUGGCUCAAUUUUCGGCCGGGACCUUCGACACAGUCCCAAAGUUCGACGACCUUUCGAUCCGGGACCCAAAGUCCUGAAUGCCUUUCGGCCGGAGUCCAAAUUCCCCUAGUACUUUCGGCUCGGGCCCAAGUUUCCCCUCUAGUCUCUGUCGGAAUAAAGCAUAAUACUCAGCAGGACGGCGUAGUGCUAAGCAGUAUGGAUUUAGAUUACAGUACAGCUAUAGUGUUCUGCUCAUAUGUAUGUCGUAGUUGAAAUGUUUCAGUUGAAGCUGUUGAUUGUCCAAUCAGUAGUUAGAUUACUGAACAAACAACUCGGAAAUCCGCAGUAUCAGAGGUGUGCCAUUUUUUAGUAACUCGGACUCGCACUCAUACUCGUGGCUUCCUAAUCAUCAGUAGAUAAGAUUCAUUAUUCAAAAAUGCGUUGAUUUUCAACCGCACUAUAUACUUUAUUGGACGAUUGACUGAUAGAAGAAGUCUGUUUAAUGUCAGUGCACACGAAUUCUGUAACGUACUGUUACUUUUCGGUCAUAUGUCAAAACUUUUCUUUACAAAUUCUUUAUGUUCAUGGCCUUUCACAUGUUAGCUGUAUGUACAAGAAGGUAUAUCUUUUAUACAGCUAGUUUGUCUUAUCAACCAAAGAUCAAAUGUGUAGUGUCAACCAUCAUUGUUAAUGUACUGACGAAGAAUACGAAACCGGUCUACAUUAAUAGAUCAUAUACUAUUUUCAUUUCGUAUUGGUUAACACUACACAUUUGAUCUUUGGUUGAUAAGACAAACUAGCUGUAUAAAAGAUAUACCUUCUAGUAUUCUUUUUCUUUUUCGCUAUAUCACGUUGUUUGUCACAUUUCAUAGUUGAUUUCUAUUCUUCUUUUAUUCAUUUUUUCUCUAUAUGUUCGAGUAGGGAUCAAAGAAGACUGCUGCGCACUACGUUUUAAUCUAAAUGCUUACUGCUGAGCACCGCUCAGUGUGCCAACUGUUUAUAGAAAUACUGUUAGGGGCCGAAGGUUCGGAGAGAACUUGGACCAUGGCCGAAAGUACGGCGAGAAGUUAGGUCGUGACCGAACGUCUUUCUCGUUUCAACAUGACUUUGAAUCGUGAACAGAAAGUCUGCGCCGAAAUUCCAGUGUCCACAAUGUAGUAGACAGUCCUCGCUUGUGUGUUCCCUUUUCCUCUAAAACGAGGAAACGAAUAUUUUUCUAGUAUAGAUCAUUUCGAAGCUCAUAAAAUUUGUUACACGCCGGCAU